CCCAAAAAGCAAAAGCCCAACUACACUCUCAUCCACAGCAAACCUCUACCACUCCAAGUCCACCCCCUCCCAGCCUUCCACCCAACAAACCCCAUAUCACUUCUCCGAUUCACAUACGCCUAUCUCUCCCAACUCCUAUCAACACCCCCAUCCCACGCCGCACAACAAUACCAAGGAAUUUUCUCGCCCGAAACUCGCUCCGUACACAUCACGGAUCCCGUGCACGCUCGAGCAUUAUGGGAAAUGGGAUUUUUCGGCAAGGGGACGCUCAGUCGCAGUGAGCCGAGUUGGGUCGAGCGCGAGAAGGCGCGUUUGAUGGCUAAGCGGGCGGGGGGAAGUGGAGGGACGGCGGAGGAAGUGACGAAUGCGAGGAGAGAGAAGAGAAGAUUGUUUAAAUUGGAGCGUGCGAGAGUGGAGGCGGAGAAAAUUGAGAGGCAGAGAUUGGUGGAGGAGGGGAAAAUUGAUGAUUCGAGUGUUUCCAAAUUUGUGGAAACUGCUACACUUCCCCAAUCUGCUGUGACGGAACUUCUUCCGCCUCAAUUGGGAGUUAUUGUCAAAGAUGCAGACGAAAACUCAGAAGAAGAAAAGGAAAACCCCAUCCCCACCUUCCCCAACCAAGAACACCUCCAACUCACUCUCGAAGAAGCCUUUUUCCUCUCCUACGGCCUCGGAGUCCUACAAAUCCACCUCCCCACCACUCCCCCUUCAACUCUCAAUCCCGCCGCUUCCAGCACGCAAUCCCUCCUCCAAAUCUUUUCCGCCCACAGCUUCUUCCCCCCCGCCUCCUCCGAAACCAUCCGACCCGACGACCCCUUUCUCCUCAACUACGUCGUCUACCACCACUUCCGCUCACUCGGCUGGGUAGUACGACCAGGGUUAAAAUUCAGCGUCGACUACCUCCUCUACUAUCGGGGUCCAGUGUUCAGCCACGCCGAAUUUGCCAUCAUCAUCGUUCCGGCAUACUCGCACGCAUACUGGACGACAGAGCAGGGGGAGAGGGAAAGAAGGGUUAAAGGUAGUGGUGGGGAUUGGUGGUGGAUGCAUUGUGUGAAUCGUGAUGUGGGAGCUUUGUUGAGGAGGUACAAGGUAAGAGAGUUUGUGGUGAAGAGGUGGACUCCCAAUCGGAGUCGAGAUUGA